CUUCUGCUUGACACUGUAGAUUGAACACUUCACUGGCAAUGGAAUUGCCACAACUUUUCAUAGUAGCAGCAACCACUAUAGGCUUCAUCUCUGUUUGCAAAGCUUCCAUCAAUUUUCUGAGAUGGGUAUAUGUCAUGUUUUUGAGACCCGCAAAGAAUCUCAGAAAGUAUGGAUCUUGGGCCAUCAUCACUGGCUCCACUGAUGGCAUUGGCAAAGCCCUCGCCUUUGAAAUGGCCUCAAAGGGCCUCAACCUCGUCUUGGUGGGUCGAAACCCUUGUAAGCUCGAAGCCACCUCACAUGGGAUCCAUGAAAAAUAUGGCAACCAAGUUGAAAUCAAGAACGUUGUGAUCGACUUGGCGAAAUUGAGUGGGGAGGAGAUAGCUAGAGCCAUAGAGGAAGGAAUCAAAGGGCUUGAUGUUGGAGUUUUGGUUAACAAUGCAGGGGUGGCUUACCCUUAUGCUAAGUUUUUCCAUGAGGUUGAUUUGGAGCUGAUGGAGAGCAUUACAAGGGUGAACAUUGAAGCAGCAACUUGGGUGAGUAGGGCUGUGAUUCCAGGUAUGCUCAAGAAGAAGAGAGGAGCAAUUGUCAACAUUGGAUCUGGGUCAUCUGUGAUAGUUCCUUCUUAUCCUCUGUACACUGUUUAUGCUGCUUCCAAAGCGUACCUUGCAAUGUUCUCAAGGUGCACUAGUUUGGAAUACAAGCAGCAAGGAAUUGACAUUCAGUGUCAGAUUCCCAUCUUUGUGGCGACAAAGAUGACAAAGUUAAAGGCAUCUUCCUUCUUGAUUGCAUCUCCAGAGACGUAUAGCAAAGCAAGCAUACGAUGCAUUGGUUAUGAGCAUCUGUGUACGCCCUACUGGGGGCACUCAGUGCAGUGGUUCAUAGCACGAGGUUUGCCUGAUGCAUUAUUGAAUGCGAGCAUUUUCCGGUACUUCCUUGGGAUGCGAAAGAGAGGCCAAUUGAAGGAGUCUCGGAUUAAAAAGAUGCAGCAACAAGAAAAUGCAUUGGGAAAUCGCAGUUAACUUGAUUCUGAACCUUGUGGACUAUUUCUCUUCAUCAUCUUUACAAGGAAACUGCUGAUGCCGCCAAUGGCUUUGCUAAUUUGAGUCGGAAGUUUCAUUUGGGGGCGCGCUUCUAUGGCCAAAUUCAUUCGGUUCUUCACAGGAUUAAGCUUCUGUGUAACCGUGUAAGUAUUUGCAACUUCUGUAAUACUGACCAAAUAAAAGAAAUAUAAGUUAUGUUCCACUAAAUUAGUAUGAGAUUGAAUCAUUGAACCUAUCUAUAUAUUCAAUAUGUAUUAAAUUUAGAUCCAUAAUACAAUAACCUCUACAGUGAGUUAGUUGGA